UAGGACAUUGAGCCCAAUAGAACUACGCUGUCCCACAAAGAGGAGAUAGGAAAGCACCGGGAAAGAGAGAGAGAGAGAGAGAGAGAGCGAUUCAGAAAUCAAAAUCACAUUUGCGAGCAGCAGAUCAGAUUGGAUCAUGUCAAGCACAGGAGCAUAUCCGGGCACGUGGGCCCACGCCCUCGUAAAGGUGUCCCCCUACACCUUCUCCGCCAUCGGUAUCGCCAUCGCCAUCGGCGUCUCCGUCCUCGGCGCCGCCUGGGGUAUUUACAUAACCGGAAGCAGUUUGAUCGGCGCUGCGAUCAAAGCUCCCCGUAUUACUUCCAAAAAUCUUAUUAGUGUUAUCUUUUGUGAAGCUGUUGCUAUUUAUGGUGUCAUUGUGGCAAUUAUUCUACAAACAAAGCUAGAGAGUGUUCCACAAUCACAGAUCUAUGAACCCGAGUCUCUUAGAGCAGGAUAUGCAAUCUUCGCGUCUGGGAUUAUCGUGGGCUUUGCAAACCUUGUCUGCGGGGUGUGUGUUGGAAUCAUUGGAAGCAGCUGUGCUUUAUCUGAUGCUCAAAACUCCACUCUUUUUGUGAAGAUACUUGUGAUCGAAAUCUUUGGUAGUGCACUUGGGUUGUUUGGAGUGAUUGUGGGAAUUAUCAUGUCAGCUCAAGCAACAUGGCCGGCAAAAGCGUAAUUUGCUGUUCUCAUUGGAACACUAUGAAGAGGUUAUGACAGAGUGCAGUGUAUUAUGUAUUGUAAAUGGACUUUGUAUCUUGUUCUUUCAGCCGUUAUUAAUAGGCAUCAUAAAAGUUGGUGUGGAGAUAGAAAUUCAUUUCUGUUGAUGGAAAUGAAUUUGUUAGCAUGUUAAGGUUGGUAUGGAGAUUCAUUUGCCUUAUUGUAAUGUUGGGCUGCAUUCCAGCGGAAGCAGAAGAAAUUUUAGGAAUGUGUAUCAUUCUGUUGACUUUUU